AUGACAUCAGUCCUAAAAAGCAUUCGAUCCUCGGAUUUACUGUUCUCGUUGGUUCGCAAACGACGAACCACCCACAAACUGGGUCGCGAACGGACUCUCCAGAAGGACACCAUCACAGGCAUUUUGCGGAACGCCCUUUUGGUCACGCCUUCGUCCUUUAAUUCGCAGACCACUCGGAUGAUUCUCAUGCUUGAUGACGACAAUAGAAAGCUCUGGGACAUUGCGGAGCGAUGCUUAGAAGAUGUUUGUGGAGAUAAUGGUGUGCCACCAGACACCAAAGACAAACUUGAAGACUUCAGAGGAGCAAACGGAACGGUGUUGUUCUACGAGGACAGGGAGGCGGUCUCCGCUCUUCGCUCUAACCCGAAAUUUACAACUUUCGCCCAAUAUUUCAACAGUUGGUCUGAUCAGACUAACGCAAUGCAUAAGUAUCUUGUUUGGUCUGCGUUAUGCACCGAGGGCUUGGGCGCCACGCUCCAACACUACAAUCCAUUGAUUGAUCAAAAGGUGGCCGACGAGUGGCAAAUUAAUCGUGAUUGGGAGUUACUCGGACAGUUAGUUUUUGGGAAGCCUGCCGGGCCCAUAAAGGAAAAGUCAUUCCUGCCUAUGGAGAACAGGCUUAUAAUUCAUGACGAGAAACAGGAGAAGUCAGGCUAG